CAUAUUUCCAAUAAUUCCAAACAAAACGAAAUAACGGAUCGUGCGGAUGUAUUAAAAAGUGAAGCUUUUUAACGGGAUUCAAUGUGCUGUAAUGUACAGACCUCUCUGAUCGGGCUGAUGUUCCCACCCCCCGCGGGUCUGACACUGACAUUAUUGAUCCUCAGAUCGUUUACAGAUGAUUGCAAGAUACAGCAGACGAUUUAUUUCACGCCUGUAACAGUCAGAUUGCUGCGGAAUUGGAUUGAAUGCCCAAUAACAAUCAAGGAUGGAGCAUGUUUAUUUUCUGGGACAGUGGGACACUCUCCGGAGUGCUGAGGUCACACUCCUGGUGGUGUUAAAUUGCCUGAAAGGCGGGUUAAUCUCUUUAGGCUCUUAGUCAAGUAGCUGGCAGCGUCCUUCACACUUGACCCGGGAUUAGCUCCAGGCCACUUUCGUCCUUGUCCCGUCAGGGAUUUGUUUCGUCCCCCGGGCGGAAACUGAGUGACCCAGGCCCCUCCAGGCCGACCCCAGGGACAGGACGCGAAAGCUUUCAAUCCCCCAGUGUGGAGACUUCGCGAUUUGAUCAUUUAUUAUUGAAUUUGUUGACUCUAAUCCAAUAAACUGAGAGCGACAAUUGGAACAUUUUAAUCCAAGCUCAUGGGCAUAUGACUUUGUGGAUUAUUCAGAGACAAAGUAAAUGGUUUCUGUUUCCAGAGAAACCGAUUCAGGAUGUGAAGCAGAAGUUGAGUCCUGUUCUGUGAGAAUGAGCAAGAGGCGGAGAGGGAUCGCAGCCCAGGGAUUUCAGAGAGAGCUCCUGGGCAGAUCUGAUUAAAGCUUCUCACUUCACACGGCCGCCUUCUCUCGCUUUCCCUAAGCUCCUUACAAGGAAAAGCUGCCAGUGAUUGAAGGGAUGGAUCUGCAAACUGGGUUAGCGUUCACUUUCACCGCUCCAGAAACACAGAUCACUUCAUGUUCAGAGCAGUUUGUACAUGUCCCGAUAAUCCCUGGCCGUGUGGGCUUGUUAAGUUUUAUAACUUUCUAUUUUCCCUUCUGAGAAGAUAGAGGAGCUCACUGAGCAAUGUCUCUGUAACCCAGGUCCCAAUAUUCACAAGCCGCCCUAUUGGCCAUCAACAUAAAAUCUCAACCAGUUCCAAGGUCUUCAGCAAAGGCGAACAGAGUGGCCUCUAAAGAAGCAACAAAUGGGAAAGAAAUAAUCAUCGAAGAGACCUUUUCAUGGAGGAGCUUUACGUUUCAAUUCUUUAACAACAGGCGAUGGUUAUUUAAAGGGACUGUCCGUUUACAGAGACAGCGAUGUACCUGAGCAGGAGGAGGAGGAGGCUUUGCUCUCACCGGGUUCUGUUUCUGGUUUCCGGGUUGAUCAUUUGCUCCGUGCACCAGCUGCUCACCGGCAACUUGGGGUUUUCAGCACCGCGGACAGCUCCCGGUGGAGCAGCGGGCAGCCUGGCCCCCCAGAGCCGCAGACUCCUGCAAACUCCAGGCGGCAGCAGCACAGCCCCGAGUCCCGCUCCGGACACCCCUAUUCCCGGGGACCCCACACCCGGGACCCCCUCUCCCCGGGACCCCACACCCGGGGCCCCCUCUCCCUGGGCCCCCACACCCGGGGCCCCCUCUCCCUGGGCCCCCAUCCCCUGGUCCUCCUCACCCGGCAGCCGCACUCCCGGCCCCGGGCUCAGCGCCAGCAGCGGCCGGCCGGGAGACAGAGACACGGGGGUAGCGGCCAGUGGGAGCCCGCGGUUAAAGGGGUGUAUUCGGGUGGGGGAUGAGAUCAUUCCCGCCCCCACUGCGACCCCCCCGGGCCCAGGGAGUAGCCCCGAAGCCGGGGAGCAGGAGCCCCCUCUCGGCCACACCAAGGGCGAGUACCCGGUGGAUGUGUUCAGUGUGGAGCAGCGCCGGCACGGCUGGGUGGUCUUGCACGCCACUGGCAUGGUCUACAUGUUCAUCGCGCUGGCCCUGGUCUGCGAUGAAUUCUUUGUCCCAUCUUUAGGGGAAAUUAUCGAGAAACUGGAAAUCUCGGACGAUGUGGCCGGGGCUACCUUCAUGGCAGCGGGAGGCUCUGCUCCUGAGCUCUUCACCUCCCUGAUCGGGGUCUUCAUCUCCCACAGUAACGUGGGGAUCGGCACCAUCGUGGGCUCGGCCGUCUUUAACAUUCUCUUCGUUAUCGGAAUGUGUGCGAUCUUCUCCCGCGAAAUCCUGCACCUGACCUGGUGGCCCCUGUUUCGGGACGUGUCCUUCUAUAUUUUGGACCUGAUCAUGUUAAUCAUCUUCUUCCUGGACAAUCUGAUCGAGUGGUGGGAAAGUCUCCUCCUGUUGUCUGCGUACAUCAGCUACGUGUGCUUCAUGAAAUUCAACGUGAAAAUGGAGCGCUGGUUUAAGGGCUAUGUCGUCAACAACAGUAACGUGGUUAAAGUGAUGUCCAUGAUCAACCCGCCCAAGGGCAAGGGGAGCCUACCGGAGAAGCAAUCUCUCCCAAACAGCCCAGCAGAGUCCAACACCACCCAGCACCUGAAGCAGGUACAGAAUAUUGAUUCUGAAAGCAAACAAGAAGAAAAGGAAGAAAACAACAGACUUAAGCCCAAAGCGAUUCUAACUCGAGGAAGUAGCACACCGUCACUACACAACAGCAUGCUGCGGAACACUAUCUUCCAGCUCAUGAUCAAUACGCUGGACCCCUUGGCUGAAGUGAAAUUUAAGCAGAAGGCUGAAAUAAUGAACAGUAUGGCAAAGGGCAAGGGAAGUUCAAAAGAUCAACGAGGAAACAAUAUGAAAGGUGGAGAGACGGAUGAAAAACUGAAAGAGGAAAUGCAAGAGGAGAAAAAAGAAGAGAAGGAAGAGGAGGAAAAAGAUGAGACAGAUCUUCCCAACGUGGUGAAUGUUGAAGUGACUCCCCCAACUGAUCCACCAAGUCCAUCAUCACCAACAGAAGGUGCUGAAGAUGAAGAAAAUCCCAUUAAAGAUCAGGAAACAAAUGAUCAGGGUGAAGAUGCUGGAAACAAUGGUGGUGAUGAAAAUGACAGCAGUGAUGGUGAUUCUGAAGAUAGUGGUGAUGAUGAUUGUGGUGAUGAUGGUGAUGACACUGAUGAAGAUAGUGAUGAGGAGGAUAAUGAAAAGGAGGAGAAAGAGGCAACCAAUGAUGAAGAACCUUUGAGUCUUGAAUGGCCAGACACCCGACGGAAACAAGUCACUUACCUGUGCCUACUUCCCAUCGUUUUCCCGCUCUGGCUAACGGUGCCUGAUGUACGAAAUGCAGCUUCAAAGAAAUACUUUAUUGGGACCUUUUUUGGAUCUAUUCUGUGGAUUGGUGCUUUUUCAUAUUUGAUGGUGUGGUGGGCCCACCAGGUCGGUGAGACAAUUGGCAUUUCUGAAGAGAUAAUGGGUUUAACCAUCCUUGCUGCAGGCACCUCAAUCCCUGACCUCAUCACCAGUGUCAUUGUUGCUCGCAAAGGUCUGGGAGACAUGGCAGUAUCCAGUUCAGUGGGAAGCAACAUCUUCGACAUCACAGUCGGGCUUCCUGUACCCUGGUUGCUGUAUGCUGCCUUUCACAGAUUCAACGCGGUUCCAGUCAGCAGUAAUGGCCUGUUCUGUGCCAUCGUUUUACUGUUCCUGAUGCUGCUGUUUGUAAUCAUCUCCAUCGGCGUCUCAAAGUGGAAGAUGAACAAAUUCUUGGGCUUCACCAUGUUUGGCCUCUACUUUACGUUUUUAAUCAUCAGCGUAAUGUUGGAGGACAGAAUCAUAGUAUGCCCAGUUUCCAUAUGA